UUUAUUUUUAGAAGGAAGUAUAAUAUAUAUAUAUAUAUAUAGCUUCUGAAAUAAUAACAACAUGGAAGAUAUUACCGAUGAGUAUGUUGUAAACGAUUUCCAUAAACAUCAAAUACAACAGGCGAUGGACGAACUGCAUCGUAUAAAAGUAACUGGAAGCAUGAAGUUUUGCCAAGCAAGGAAAGCCAUAUUUAAACAGAAAGAAUCGUUUAAGAGAAAGAUAGACGAAUACGUAGAUGAACUUACCAAUGUUUUAAAUGUCAAAUGGACAAAUUUCCAAGCUGAAUUGUCUGAAAAGAUGGAGAAGCUCAGAGACGAUAGUAAACAUAAUUGUAAAGAAGGAGCAGCAUUCUUUCAACAACAUGAGGAACUAAAUUCAUCUUUGAACGAACUAGAAAAAUUAAAUCUGGAUCAUAUUUGUGUUCCGAAGUUUACCCCUGGUAAGGAAAACAAAGACAAUUUUGGAAUCAUAGAAGACAAGUAUAUUCAUUACGAAGAUAAAUAUAGAACUAAAUUUAAAAUACGAAGGCAUUACAACACAGGCCUGUCAUAUAUUAACUACAUAGGUGUGUGCUCUGACAACUCACUAUGGCUUUGCGAUACCGUUGAUCCAACUGGCAUACAUAGAAUAGAAUUUGAAGGAAGUGACCGUAAAAGCGUUACUAGAUUUUAUACAAAUGAAUUCAAAAUAAAUGGUAUAGCUGUUUUGCCAACGGACGAUCUCCUGGUUGCAACUGCUGGUUCCGUUAUCAAACGAGUAGAUUAUGAAACUGGAGAAGUGUCAGACACAAACUACAAUGUUAGCCCGUUACAAUCAAGAGCAGUUCAUAUUACGCCUAUUGGACAUGUACUUGUGGCAGCAAUGACGUAUGGGACAGCCUUCAAGUUCCCUGUUUCUGGACAUCGGGUCGUAUAUGUAUUUGACAAGCAAGGAGAAAAACUUACCAUGUACAAGUAUGACAAGUUCGGAGCUCCUUUAUUCAAAAUGCCGUACAGCCUUACCAGUACCAAUAAUGGAAAUAUUAGUAUAGCGGAUUUUUAUGCAGACGGGGGAAAAGGAAGGGUAAUAGUGAUUAAUGAAGCAGGAAGCGUUCUAAAUAUCUACUCAGGACACCCAGGUAUUAGUAAAAAGGAAUUGACACCAGUCGGUCUGACAACAACAGAUAUGGACACCAUAAUAGUUUCUGAUAUGAAUAGUCAUACUCUGCAUAUUUUAAAUGAUAUUGGACAGUUAUUGACUUACGUAAAUACAAUGGAAGCCAAAUUCCCAUAUUGUACAACAUUUAACACAUAUGGGAAAUUGUACCUCGGAUGUUCAGCACCCAUAGGAAAGUCCGACAAAAUCAAACUGUAUGAAAUAGAAUUGUCUAGUUAUAAACAGGGUAAAACGGAAAAUAGACCUUCUGGUUUAUCGGACGAAAACAAAUUAGCCAGUAUAAAUGACCUUAGUAUACUAUCUAAUUCAUUUUUAGUUUAGAUAUACACAUUAAAAGUCUUUAUAAUAUUUUAAUACAAAAAGUCUGCCAUAGAAGAAAAUGUGUUUUAGUGUAAUUUUACAAGGGGGUAAACAUUUGAUAACCGUUAUUAAAACACCUUUGUAAACAUUCGAUAACCGUUAUUAAAAAUAUCUUUUGCUCAGUUAGAA